AUGACCUACCAACGCCUGCCUCGCCGACGUCAGCAGGCAGUCGCUUGGAUCUACAUCCCGGUUGCACAGCGGGACGCUGUUGUUGCCUUGGGGUCACGUGUGCCAUCAUCUGAGGCUACGUUCUCCAGUGGUACGUGCUUGCUGUUCCGCAUGCAAUUAGGAGGCGACGUAUCAGUCGGCGUUGGUCUGUCCGAGGAAUUCAGAGAUGUGUUACUAAGUAAAUCACCAACCACGAUUAUAUACAAUGAGCUCGAAUUGCAACCUGUGUCUGUCUUUGGCGCCUACCCUACCGAGGUGCGAAAGGACAGUCGUCCCGCGACCCCAUUCAGUCAACCAUUGAUCGAGCAACCCCAAUUUCCAUAUGCCUACUUCUCACUGGCACCGUUAGAACGCGUCGAUCGCAUAAGGAUUUUCAACGAUGAACUUAGUGGCUUUUGUGUGGGUAUCUUGUUUGGAUACCAGAACGGCGCUCAACGAUCAGUUGGGCAAUGCAGAAUAGGCAAUGACCCUUUCAAAGAUUGUGCGAAACCGAGUCGCAUCUGUUUGCAUCGACACAAUUAUGGCCGGUCCGGAACCCCGGCUCGCUUGCAAGCAACCAUGGUAAAAAGCACCAGUGGACAAAAGCAUGAUCACGAUGAGCAACAGGAUUGGACGUGUUUCCAAAUGCAGGGUCGAUUAGAUUUCUGGUUCAGCUUUAAAGAGACUAGUUUGGCGGUCAUUCUAGAUUGA